GCCGAGUAUUGUAAGUUUGUUUUUGCAAUUAAUUUGAUUAUGUUAUAAAAUACCCCCCAAAAUUCUUGAAAUAGCUCAAGAUAUCUCCAACACUUCCCCUAGGGUUAAGCUGUCGUCUUAUUUAAAACCCGGAGAAGGACUGUGAGGCCAUCUCUCUCUCUCUCUCUCUCUUUCUCUCUCUCGCUCUCUCUCUGUUAUAAAUUCGGAUUCUCUCGGGAAAUCAAAAUUACACGAUUGUGAAUCCCCCUAUCCCUUAUAGUAUUCCGAGAAAAUUCGAUGGUCUUAACUCUUAAGCUUACUUUUUUUUCCUUGGAGGGUAUUAGAUGAAUCUUUAUGGGUAAUUAUUAGUUAAUCCUGAUCAAUUCUCUGUUUCUAUCUUGGAUGGAUAAUUGUAGACACAGAGCAAAGAUCCUUCUUUGGAGAAGAAGAGAGAGGAUUGUAUCUUCGUCUUAUAUUACUACUCGUAUUGGUCGUAGAUAGAUCCUGAUCGUUCAUUACAUCUCAAACGAUCUAGGCCUUGUUCUAACCAUUAAACAUAACUUCUUUCCUUUUCCCGUUCUUAAUUCCUUCUCAAAUAGUUCCGACCAAACAAGAUGAAAAGAUCACGUGGAAGCUCCGAUUCUUUAUCCGGUUUCUUGCCAAUUUGCCACUCUGCAACAGACAAACAAAUAAGUCCAAGACCACCAACCACCGGCUUUCUCUAUUCCGGCGCCGGAGACUACUCGCCGAUGUUCGACGGUCUAGAAGACGACGGAAGUCUAGAUGACAUCGGCAUCGGACACGCGUCGUCUGCGGCGACAUCGGAGAAAAAACGGCGGUUGAGUGUAGAGCAAGUGAAAGCGUUAGAGAAGAAUUUCGAGAUUGAUAACAAGUUAGAGCCGGAGAGGAAAGUUAAGCUGGCUCAAGAGCUUGGGCUGCAACCGCGACAAGUGGCGAUCUGGUUUCAGAACCGCCGUGCUCGGUGGAAGACAAAGCAGCUCGAACGUGAUUAUGGCGUUCUCAAGUCAAACUUCGACGCACUCAAACGCAGCCGCGACUCGCUUCAACAUGAUAAUGACUCCCUCCUUACUGAGAUUAAAGAGCUAAGAGCAAAACUUAACGUUGAGCGGACCAGCGGGAGAAAUGGUAACACGUCGAUAGAAGAAAACGGCAUUGUAAAAGGGGUGGAAGCGAUAGCGAAUCAGACGGUGAUGGCUAAUAACGAUGUCUUAAAGCUAACCAACCGUUCUCCGCCGCCAAAUAUUCCUAUAGAAGCUCCGACAUCGGAGCUCGCAUACGAGAUGUUUAGUAUUUUCCCACGUACCGACAGCUUCAGAGAAGAUCCUGCCGAUAGCAGCGACUCAAGCGCGGUUUUGAACGAAGAGUAUAGUCCCACAACGGCUGAAGCGGCGGCGGCCGCCACGGCGGUUGAAAUGUCGACGAUGGGAUGCUUUAGCCAAUUUGUAAAGAUGGAAGAGCAUGAGGAUCUUUUUAGUGGAGAGGAAGCUUGCAAGCUGUUUGCGGACAAUGAGCAGUGGUAUUGUUCCGGUCAGUGGAACUCGUAAUGCAAAAGACAAUAUUGAGGAUGAAUUUGAAAAUGUAGGAAAAAAACAAGGGGCGUUUGGGAAAAUACUGCUUAAGGGAUAUGGGGUUGGAAAAUUGAAUUACCCAAAAUGUUGGGGGGUGCGAGAGCAAGAGGAUCAUAACUGAGAUAUCACGUGCGGUUUCUAAGUUUCUUGCAUGUGCGGCCGUAAUCCUUACAAGGUUAAAGAGAGGAGAGGACAAAAAAGUCUGAAAUAAAAUAAUCGGGGAAAAAACAAUUUAUGUGAAGAUGAAAUCGUUUUUACGACGUUUAUAUUACUAUUGUUUUGAAUAACUGCGUAGUUAAAUGUUAUGAGAAUAAUAUUGUUAUAUUCCAAAGGGUUUUGGAGAUUCUGAGCGGAG